CCGUAAACAAGAAUGCUUGUGUUUAGGAAGUAGUUCACUGGAAGCUAACGUUUGAGAUUCUGUGCUGUUUAAGAUCAGUAUAGCAGCUAUUUGGAUGAUCCAGGGAUAAAAUCUCGCCUUUGACUUGCAAAACACUCCUGAUUCAGUCACCAUGAAUAUGAAUACCUGUAGUCUACGUGGGAAGAGCAAGAGUGUUUCAGAAGAAGCUCUGCAUCACAGCACUGAGGAUGAUGAGUCUUCCCAGGGAAUGGAGCCGUAUCUUGUGCGGAGAUUAUCAUCCCGUAACAUUCAGCUUCCCCCGCUGGCUUUCCGGCAGUUAGAACAGGCAGACUGGGAUAAAAAGAAUGAUACUGAGACUAUCCCAAGGCCCACGACCCUUCCACUGAGGAUACCUCCUCUGAUUGCCAUUACAGCUGCUGAGUCCAGCAGCCAGUCUUACUCCUUGCGGGAAGGGAGCUUACUCAUCGGUGAAGACAAGACCAGGGGAAUGUUUCAAGUUGGGAAACACGAUUUCUGAACCUGCUGUGGACUGGAAGCACGAUAUAGGGAAUAACGGGUGGCGGGAGGGGGAGUUUAAGGAGUGAGAACCCAUUUUUAACCCACCUCAAAGUUGUUGGUGAACAGGGGCGUGAACAACUUUGCUACCUGCCGUCUCCCGGCAGAGAGAGUCCCUCCGGAGGGAGUCCUGUCCGGCCAGCAGCCACGGCCUCAGGAAGGGAGAGGCGCGCCUCAGGAGAGGAGGGCUACAGCAUCAGCGGCACUGAGCCCCUCCGCACUCACUCCCGGUCCCAUUCCCAUUCCCUCGCCCUGCCGGCAUCCGCGUCGCACCCUCUCGCACCUCCCGCACACCCGAGCGCGGUCUGCCGCCUGACGAAACCCCGCUGCCGGGUCUGCUCUCCCCCGCACGGGCUCCGGCCUGGCUUUAAAUAUUUCCGAGCGGGAAGCCAGCCCCUCCUCUCCUUCUCCUCCUCCUCCCCCUCUCCCCGCCUCCCCUCCCGCGGAGCAGUCAAGACCCGGCAGCGCGGCUGCCCCAGCCGCUCCCACACUCGGGCGAGGGGUGGCGCGGCAGGAGCUGUCCAACUUUUCAGCACAGUUUCCUCGCCGCUGC